AUGAAUGCAGCCAGUGCCCCGUUCCUUUCGGUUGUUGAACCAAAUGCUGAAAUGAGCAUCGUGGAGGCGAACCUUGCAAAUGCGGUUCUUGCUAUUGAUGCUUGUCCUAGCACAGCAAAGCCAUCCAUAAGAGAUAUCCAUCUUGCCCUUCGAAACCAGUUUGGCCACAGGACUAGCCCAAUCCAUGUUGCAUGCUUCCACGCAGACUUCGUUAUACAGUUUGCUACACGCGAAGACCGUUACUUGGCAGACCCUGGUGGCAAUAGACAUUAG